AUGCGACGUCGCCAGAGCAUGCAAGUGUUAGAGCUCGAAUCCAGAGUCGAACAGCUAAUAGCAGAAAAUCGCGCGCUUGCCGAUGCAAAAUUGCAUGCCGAACAAAAUCUCAAUAACCAAGCCGUCUCCGCUAUCACAGAACGCGAUGCCGAAAUUGAAAGUCUCAAGGCGUCGCUCGAAUGGCUACGCAAAGAAGUCACACGAUUGACUGAGAUCAACGAAGGCCUGCAUAGUGCUAACAAUGUCCUCGCCCUGAAACAUAACGAGAAGUACGGCCAACUCGAGUCACGACACGCGUCCACAUCUAAAGAGCUUGAUGAAUUCCGCUCCGCUCGAGAACAAUUCACUAGAACACUAGAACAAAAGGACGCAGAGAUACAAGAGCUUCGCGCUCAGCUCGAGGCCACUAAAGAGCAGGUCAGAGAGAUGCAGCAACAAAUUCUCGCCUCGAAGCCUCCUGAUGCCGAGUUCCUCCGCCUUAAAGACGAGGAUCAUUUCGACCAUCGUUGCCAACAGUUGUGUUCUCACGUGCAACAAUGGGUCCUUCGCUUCUCAAAAUUCUCCGACAUGCGUGCUUGUCGAUUGACGAGUGAGAUCAAUGAUGAGAAGAUCAUCGACCGAUUGGACAAUUCCGUCCUAGACGGUUCCGAUGUUGACACAUAUCUGAGCGACCGUGUAAGACGUCGCGAUAUCUUCAUGUCGAUGACCAUGAACAUGAUUUGGGAGUUUGUGUACACGCGUUACCUCUUCGGCAUGGACCGGGAGCAAAGGCAGAAGCUCAAGUCUCUUGAGAAGCUCCUGCAAGAAGUCGGACCACCCCAAGCUGUCCGACAAUGGCGUGCCGUGACGCUGACGCUGCUGUCUAAGAGGCCAGCGUUCGGUGACCAACGCAAUCAAGACACUGAGGCCGUCGUACAGGCAAUUUUCCAAACACUGUCCAUGAUCCUGCCGCCGCCGUCCAACCUCGAGGCCCAGAUCCAAUCGCAGCUACGGCGCGUCAUACGUGAGGCAGUCGAUUUAUCAAUUGAAAUGCGUACCCAGCGUGCCGAGUACAUGAUGCUGCCGCCACUACAACCUGAGUACGAUGCCAACGGCGAUCUGGCAAGAACCGUUUCUUUUAACGCAGCGCUCAUGAAUGAGAGGUCUGGUGAUAAAAAGUCAAAUGAACAGUACGAGGCAGACGGCGCCGUCGUCCGUACCGUACUAUUCCCUCUGGUCGUCAAGAAGGGAGAUGAUAAUGGUGUUGGUGACGAAGAGAUCGUCAUAUGUCCCGCGCAGGUGCUUGUCGCGAAGCCCGCGGGUCACGCGCCCGCUCGCAUGGUAACACCUUCGAGUGACGCGGGUGGAGUGCCACUUAGUAGAGGCGCUACUCCUUCCAUGUCUGUAGCAGGCCAGAGCUCAGUAAGCGUCCAAAUGCAGGACGCACCACUACCGAUGCCUACACCACCCCAUGAUAGAGACUACAUUUAG